AUGAGUUUCAUGUGGAGCAGUAUCUUUAGUAAACUGCGGCUGUGCCUCUCCUCCAUCACAGCCGCUCCUCCCUCCUGCCGGCUGCUCCACGUCGGCCAGCGAGCCUCCCUCACAAAAGCAUUCUCCUCCCGCGACGUGGAGCUGUUCGCCGAGGUGACAGGCGACAACAACCCCCUCCACCUGGACCCGGCCUACGCCAGCACCACCUCCUUCGAGAAACCCAUCGUCCACGGCGUCCUCAUCAACGGCCUGAUCUCGGCCGUGCUCGGCACCAGGAUGCCCGGCCGCGGCUGCGUCUUCCUGUACCAGGAGAUCCGCUUCCCGGCGCCGCUCUACAUCGGCGAGGAGGUGCUGGCCGAAGCCGAGGUCCGCAAGAUCAAGAUGUCAUUCGCCUUCAUCGCCGUGACAUGCUCCGUCAAGGACAAAGUGGUGAUGGAGGGGGAGGUGAUGGUGAUGAUGCCAGAGGAGCAGCAGCAGAGGGAGUGA